ACUGUAAGGAAGUGGGAAGGAGGGAUCAGUGGCGUGGUGCACUGAGAGGGUUGCGUUGGUUUGUCAGACGCCUCAACUAAUAUAAAAACGUUUUCUUUUUCAGUCCGUAACCAAAAUAUGCGGGCAAAGGGCGUAAUAGUUUUAACACUGUGGCCGAUUGAGAUGAUUAGAGUCUGAGUUCGGAAGACAUCUUUGGGAUUUCAAAAUUGCAUUCCAAGGUAACAGCAUUUGUGGGCAGGUAGGGAAGUAGCCUUCCGGAAGAACUCGCGAUACAGGUUGGCAGUUUGCAUACGGCACUCGUAAAGUAAGUUUUGAAAAAAGUUUUAAAUCAAACACAGAAGGAAAAAUGACGGAUUUUAGAAAAAAGAAGCUGUAUGUCUUCGUGGACGUGCUGUGCGUGGUAGUGGCGGCACUGCCUUUCCUCAUUAUGACCGUCGUUUUCCGGCCCUACCAGAGGGGUGUGUACUGUGACGAUGAGGACAUCAAGUACCCCUUCAAACAUGACACUAUCACCCACGGCCUGCUGGCUGCAGUCACCAUCUCCUGCACCGUCGUUAUCCUAGCAUCAGGAGAGGCCUACCUGGUCUACAGUAAGAGGAUUCACUCUAACUCUGAGUUCAACGGGUACGUGGCGGCGCUCUACAAGGUGCUAGGUACCUUCCUGUUCGGAGCAGCUGUCAGCCAAUCACUGACAGACCUGGCUAAGUUCACCAUUGGACGCCUGCGGCCCAACUUCAUGGCCGUCUGCAACCCCAAGGUCUGCAAAGGCUACAUGCUGGAUAUCAACUGCACCGGCAACUCUCAUGACGUCACUGAGUCCAGGUUGUCCUUCUACUCCGGCCACUCCUCCUUCGGGAUGUACUGUAUGCUGUUUCUAGCAUUGUAUGUCCAGGCGAGGCUGAGGGCAAAGUGGGCCAGACUCCUCCGACCCACAAUCCAGUUCUUCCUGGUGGCUUUUGCAGUGUACGUGGGCUACACCCGUGUGUCCGAUUACAAGCACCACUGGAGCGACGUUCUGGUGGGCUUCCUCCAAGGUGCUCUCAUUGCCAUCCUCAACGUGCGCCACGUGUCAGACUUAUUCAAGCAGGGUCCUCCCCACUGCUCCAGCCCAGACACGGUCGAGAACGAGGAACUGGAGCGCCGCAAACCCAGCCUGCAGAUUGCAGAUGCAGAUCACAACAACCAUUACAGCUACCCAGGGCCUGUGUGAGAGGGGCCAACCCAGUCAACCACUCUCACAACAAGCUCCCACAAACCACUGGACUGACUGAGGGGGCUGCGCACAUUACCAGAAUCCUCUAUGUCCUGGGUGCACCAGCGCAUGAGUGGGAGAGGACUUUUAUAUUGAGACAUCUUGGUUGAUGUUCACUAGUUUCUUAGUAUAUUCGUCUCAGAAGUUUUUAUGUUGCUUUUUUUAACACAAUAGAUUAGGUAAGAGUACCAAACAUUCAGAUAAGAAAAAAAGACCAUUCUCAGAAGAGAAGAUGUCUAGAUGAGUCCCAUUUUAGUGCACCUUUAGUCAUAUGAGUAAUCUGAAAUUCAGUGGGAGUUUGGGAUUGAUAUGUUGAUUGUUUCACCUAUGUGAAAUGGACUGCAGAGAUUUAGAAAUGUUGACGUUGAUUGUGUAAGCUUGAUAUACCACUAGAUCACAAACAAUCAAUGCAAACGUUUGGCAUAAAGAUUUUAGAAAUUGAAAAUGAGAAAUUCUGCUUUUAGCUAUGCACAUUCUGGCAUCAAUCACUCUAUUUUUUUAAAUGAAGAAAUCAAUGUUUUAACAGUAACAUUGCUCCUUUAAGGUAUUUGGAAAGUGCCUAUUCAUUUUUAUUUUAUAGAUGACUUUAUUCACAAGGUCAGAAAUGUCUAUAAUGCCAGCACUGUUAAGGUAUUGUGCAAUCACAAUCACCCCUGUUAGCCACUGUGAGCCACAAAUACUGUAUCUGCUAAUAUUAUGGCAUUUUUAUUUUUUCAAGUAUGUUAUUUUUUUCUGUGGCCCAUAUCAAACCAGUGCCUUCUUGGACUAGUGCCCUUUAAGAUUGACACAAAUGGAUCAGAUUCCAAGUUCACAACACAAACCAGAUGCCUUAACAUGAGCCUUUAAGAGUUGUAAUGAUACAGCUUACCAUUCAUUUGUGAGUCAUUUGUGGCAAGCUGGUAUAAUGCUCUAUGCAAAGUUCAAGGAUUUUUCCUUUCUUGUGUGGACUGCUGGGGCUAAUUUGUGAAGAAAUGCUCCUGUACAGUGACAAUGUCAGGCCUGGCCCUGCUUGGCACAGGAGGACUGAUGACAGAUCAGUCAGCUCUGGCAGAGAGAGGCUCACCUCUGGUAGUAAUUGUGAGGCUCAGAGAGCUGACUCAGAGCUGGCCUGUGACUGUGGAAUGGCAAGGUACUCAGAGGGGCCUCCUUCUAAGACGCGGGUCCUACGGACUUCAAGAGAUUUAAAGACUUUUCUUUGAAUUCCAUAAAUGAUAACCACCUGGAGCAGCUUCAGUGAAGUGUUGUUGUUGUGUAACAUCUCACCUGUAUAUUACUGAAUCCCCCAGCCCAAAUUUGCCCAUGAAGCAAUAGUAUCACAAUGUUAUGGGGUUUGAGUUUCCUCCAGGUUUUCAUCAUAAAAGGCCCUCCGUUAGCCUUGUUCUGGGUGGUGUGUGUUUCAUAUGUAAUAAUACUAUUCCUGGCCUGCCGGGUGGCGCAUUGGUCUAGGGCACUGCAGCGCUAGCUGCGCCACCAGAGACUCUGGGUUCGCGCCCAGGCUCUGUCGCAGCUGGCCGCGACCGGGAGGUCCGUGGGGCGACGCACAAUUGGCCUAGCGUCGUCC